AUGAUCUUCUCAACAGCUAUUGCCCGCCCCGUCCAGCUGGCAACCCGCACACUUCAAUGGUCCAGCGCAGUAAUCGUUAUGGGCCUGACUUCGUUCUUCAUUAGCCGCGGUCCACAUGGACAACACCUUCUCUAUCAAGAAGUCAUCUCCGUCCUUUCGGUCGUCUUCUUUAUCCCAGCAUUUAUCUCCCCAUUCCUCCCGACAGCACUUAGCAAAUUCGUCCUCCUCAUCGACGUCAUUUUCUCCUACCUCUGGUUAACCGCCUUCAUCUUCGCCGCCCAAGACUACAACCAGCACUCGUGCUACCUCAGCUCCCCACCUGGUGUAACCUGCGGCCGGAAGAAGGCCAACGAGUCGUUUAUUUUCCUCGCCUUUAUCUUCACCUUCUUCGGCAUGUUCCUCCAAGUCGCUGCCCUAUGGGCCUACCGCAAAGGAAAUGCCCCGGCACCCGUCGUACAGGAGAAGGACGAUGGUACCCGCGCUCCGCUAGAUGCCCCAGUAGGUCCUGCGCCUGCAGCAGUUGUUUAA